GAGGGGGGAGUUUCCAUUGCAGAGGAGGUGGAGUCACACCACAGGGUUUUAUCUCAGAGGGCUUGUGGUCAUAAGCAGUAUAAAAUAUUAUGUCCACGUGUCUGAAGGUGUUUUUUGUAGAUGCAGUAGCAGAUGCCUUUCUAUCACCAAACAAGUGAGGCAAAAUAAUGAAGUUUGUCAAGCUGGGAAACACCAUCGACCGCUUCAGGUUAGCCCAGUCUUGUUUGGGACUAACAGGUUGCCUGUUUGUGUGCAUCUCUGUCUGCACUCCCUACUGGCUAAAAAACAGGGGAUUAUGGACAAAUUGGAACAACACCAGCAGCAAAGAGGACGGUACAACAGAGGAUACAACCUUCAACGCCUUAGAGGCAGAGAGAGUAUUUGGAGUCAUUUCAUUUGUGAUGGCUGUGAGCACUGCAGCUCUCUGCCUGCUGUUUGCCCUCUGCUGGACAUCUCAGACAGUGCUCUCCUACUCCAACACCCGCUCUCUCCUCAUGGCAGGGCAGGCUCUCUACCCCACCACUUUGCUGCUCCUCACCAUGGCCUCCACAGGUUUCUUCUUCCUCCUUAGCUGGUCUUUCUUCACCUACCAACACAAGGAAGAAAUCCGUCAGGAAUUCUCCAGCCUCGGCUUUUCAUACUGGCUGGGGGCUUUAGGGUGGUUCCUUCUGUUGGUGGUGGAGGCGGCAGUCUUUAUCGCAGAGCAAGCUGUGGUGCCGGACGUUAUUCCAGAUAUAGAGAAGGCCGUCAAUUCAUUGCGGACUUCUGAUCAACCUGGGGUUGCUAAAAGGGCUUUGAGUGAUGGUUAUAAACCUGUUAACUACAAAAGUAAUAUUCCUAAGAGGUACACAUCAGUGAUUUAAAUGAACGUUUUAUAUAUAAGGAUGUGAUAGAGAUUCUAGACAGCUAGAUGAAGGGCUGUCAGGUGCAGGCUGUUUUCAGUAUGGACUGAAAUAAACUCCAAGUACACUAAGGAAAAACUAUGUCAAAGAAAGGUGAUAUUGUAUAUUAGACUACAAGGUUCUGAAGUUCCCAGGUUUUGCCUGGAACUUCAGAUCCAUGAGUCUAUUAGCUUCAAGUCUGAAAAGAAAAUCAAUGUAAACAAAACACUGUCUUAAAAUUCAGCCUCUGUCUGAAAGUAUCCAUCACUGCUGCAAUGUACUUUAAGAGCAUUAAAUUAAUGCCAUCUUGUUAAGAAGUGUAACACUAUUUUGUAUAAGCACUUUUAAUCUGGUGCAAAGACUGAUGAAUUUUAGUUGGUUCAAGAAAACGGUGCUUAAUUUAUCAUGUAUGAAAUGUGGGCUU